GCUGAUGACCAACGCCGACCUCCCCGGAGUGGAGCGGCUCACGAUCUCCGAACCCCUGCGGGAGUAUGGGCUUACCCCAUCCGUGUGGGUCGAAGCCUCCGAAGUCCUUCUUGAAGCAAGCGAUCUCGCGUCAGCGGGAGCCACCUUCAUGAUCAAGGGAUGGUCGCGCAGCAUGGCUGCUACUGUGGUCAUGCUGGCUGCCUUCGAGAACCAAGACUUUGCACAGGUUGCUUGA